AUGACAGACUUGUGGUUGAUUUCUGUCCCACUGGACAAAACCAGUUUAAACAGUGUAGAGCAACUCAAGCGCACCAUUGCCAAAACCAGCCGGGCCACCUGCUGCAAGUUCUCCAUCCCUGAUCUCAAGGUGGGAAUACUGGACAGUCUGCUCACUAUGUCAGAUGAUCUUUCCAAACUGGACAUACUGACUGAGAGUGUGAUCAAAAAAACAUGUCAGUGUAUGAGGGAGGUGAUGGAGCAUUCUACUGACAAAGUGCUGGAAAACGCCUUAGCCAAUGGAGUGGACCUAAUGAGCUAUGUGACAAAGUUUCAGUGGGACAAAGCCAAGUAUCCCACAGCACUGCCUCUCUCCAGCCUGGCAGAUAUCAUCAACAAGGAAGUUUCUCAGGUGGAGACGGAAUUGAAAUGUCGAGCUGCGACGUACAACAGUGUGAAAACCAGCUUGCAGAGCCUUGAGCGCAAACUCGAGGGGAGUUUGCAAACUCGCAGUCUGAAUGACAUUGUGAGGCGAGAAGACCUGGUGGUCUCAGAGUACCUCACCACUCUACUGGUAGUGGUGCCCAGAGGGAGCUACCUGCAGUGGGAGAGGACCUAUGAGUCUUUGUCACAGUUUGUGGUUCCCCGGUCGAGCAGGAAGCUGCAUGACGACGGAGAGGGGGGAGUUUUCUCAGUCACGCUUUUCAAAAGGGCUGUGAGUGAAUUUAAAGCCAGAGCCCAGGAGAGCAAGUUCACUGUGCGUGAGUAUCGCUUUGAUCAGGAGGAGGAGAAGCAUCAGGAGAGGAAGCAGCUGAGCGUUCACAAGAAGGAACAAUGUGGAAUCUUUUUGCGCUGGCUGAAGGUUAAUUUCAGGGAGUUAUUUACAGCCUGGAUCCACUUGAAAGCGUUGAGGGUGUUUGUGGAAUCAGUCCUCAGGUAUGGACUACCUAUAAACUAUCAGGCUCUGCUGCUGCUGACCGACAGCAAGCGCUCGAAGAAACUCAAAGGAGAACUGGCCUCACUCUUCAUGCACCUGGAUCCCACAGCCACUUCCAGCAAAACAGACGUGAACUGUGACAUCCCAGGACUCUGUCAGCAGGAGUACUUCUCCUACAUCUGUUUCGACAUCAACACCAGCAUGCUGGAGAUCAGCUAGCAGUUGGCAAAGAGGGGACCCACUCAGUGACCAAGCAGUGAGGGGCCCCGUCGCCCGUGGACGGAGGGGCCCCAAGCGCAACAUCAACACGGACAGCAAAGAGAGGACCCAUGAUGAGUAAUGAGAGACCCUGUGGCUCAUGCACUUGCUCCAGACCAGUCACUCACACUCAGAGCCAAGAGUGUGAAAGCCCUCAACACUAAAAGAAAACUAAUCUGAUAAAGGGUGUUUCCAAGAAAGUCUUUUCAAUAUUUCUCCUGAGGCAGAAGGAAGCGGCUGCUUCAGACAGAGAUGUAAAUAAUCCAGUCAGGUUAACCGUGGAUGGAUUUGGCUUCUCUUCACUACAGUGUAGUCUACACACAGAGACAACUGUGUGAUGUGCCGCUCAUGGAAUUAUAGAACAGUUUAAAAAUGUCGGUCAGUGUUUUCCUUUGACAAACAUGUACUGUAAGCGCACAAUAACUUCACAUCCAUCCGUCCAUCUGUAUCAAUACCGGUUAUCCUUUUGAGAGUCACGGGGAGCCAAUCAUUCAUUUUAUCGGAGUCCGCAUGCUUUUCCUACUGUGAAAUGUCAAAAUAGCUGAAAACACCUCGUAAAACUCCAACUUAAGUGUGGGCAGUGGAGUUGCACUGUGGGAAAUAUGCUCCAGCCAGGUUCGAAGACGAAGCCUAUAUUUCUGGUUUUGCCGCUUGGAUGUUAAAUCUGUUUAUUCUCAUUACAACAAUGAUAAAACCAGUUGAACACACUUUUAACUUAAGUUUUGCUGAGUCCAGUGGGUUCUUACCUUGGUUUUUUUCUUUUUAAGGACUCUUGAACAUUUGAAACAUGACUAGGGCCCCAAGAACACAACGUUUUUCGUAAGGGUCAAGAGUAUGAGGGUGUAGAAUCACACUCGGAAAACUAAGCACUAACCUUAUUGUCAGAAAAAUGUAGUGGAGUAAAAAGUACCACGUUUUCCUCUAAAAUGUAGUGGAGUAUAAGUAAAUACACCAAGUAAAUUGCACUUGGGUAAAGCCCUUUAUCUUCAUGUGAUGCUGCAUUACAUGAUCACCUGAGUUUGCACUCUCUCUGUUCUGUGGAACAACCAGCAUCACAACAUUUGUGACUGCUGUUACAAAUGUUUAUUUUUUUUAUAUUUUGGA